GGGAUUUAACUCGACUAUUAUAAACUGCGGAUUCGUUAGAAUAAAGGCGCUUCUCUAUUUCCUCCUUUCGUCUAUUGUUUUGCUCGAAAAAACGUAUGACUUUAGCACCGGUCGCUUCAGACCGUUACUGUGCUCCGAUGAAGACGAAGACAAGAAUUAAUUUAGACGGGAGCUGCGAUUUUGGAGAAGAUUAGUCGAGCCGUCCUCUGAAAUAGAGCAGCAGCAGCUUCAAUCUAUGAUUCAAAUAAUAAUCUUAUUAUUCUCAUGACAAGUGAGGAUGUCAGGGAAACAUUACAAAGGACACGAAGUCAGUUGCUGCAUCAAGUACUUCAUAUUCGGAUUCAAUAUUAUAUUUUGGUUGUUGGGGGUGGCAUUCCUUGGGAUCGGCCUGUGGGCAUGGAGUGAGAAGGGAGUGCUGUCCAACAUCUCCUCCAUCACAGACCUGGGGGGCUUUGACCCGGUGUGGCUCUUCCUAGUGGUUGGUGGCGUAAUGUUCAUCCUGGGCUUUGCUGGCUGCAUUGGCGCUCUGCGGGAGAACACCUUCCUGCUCAAGUUUUUCUCUGUGUUUCUAGGGAUCAUCUUCUUCCUGGAGCUCACAGCAGGAAUCCUGGCCUUUGUCUUCAAAGACUGGAUCAAGGACCAGCUCAACUUCUUUAUCAACAACAACAUACGAGCCUACCGGGACGACAUCGACCUGCAGAACCUCAUCGACUUCACACAGGAAUAUUGGGAAUGCUGUGGCGCAUUCGGGGCCGAUGACUGGAAUCUGAACAUCUACUUCAACUGCACGGACUUGAAUCCCAGUCGGGAGAAGUGUGGAGUGCCCUUCUCCUGCUGCACUAAGGAUCCUGCGGAGGAUGUAAUCAAUACACAGUGUGGCUAUGACGUGCGAGCAAAAACGGACUCGGAGCAGAAGACCUUCAUCUACGUGAAGGGGUGCGUGCCCCAGUUUGAGAAGUGGCUGCAAGACAACCUGACGGUGGUGGCUGGGAUCUUCAUCGGUAUUGCGCUGCUGCAGAUUUUUGGGAUUUGCUUAUCCCAGAACCUUGUAAGUGACAUCGAAGCUGUGAGGGCAAGCUGGGUGCCCCCUUCCCUGGCUGCGUGCAGGCCACCUCCGCCAUGCUCUACCAAGAAGGCCAGAGCGUACUCGUGAGGAUGUGUUUGUGUGUUGACCUGUCUGUUCACCUGAGACCGUAGCCAUCCCUCAACUCCACAUCAACAGGUCUCCUGAUGCAAGACAGCCAAGUGAGAAGAGAGCGAGUAGAUGCAAAGAACCACAUUAUCUAUAUAUACAGAGUGUACUACUUGUUUGAUUAUCUGUACAUAUUAACACUUUUGUAGGAAGGGAGGGGGGGUUCUGUGUAAUUUUCCCAAGAAUCAUGCUGGUGUCACUUUGUGUAAUAAACAUUAAAAAAAGGCAUUUUGUAAAUGAAACUGGCCCCACUGUUCUCCACAUAAUGAUCACAGU